GAUCAGUUUUUAAACUGGGAGGUCCGAAUAAGGGACGUAUUUGCAUUCAAAAAUACAGAAGUUAGUUACAGUGAUUUUGUACCGGAGAAGAUAUCAAGAAAAUUACGUAAAAUUAUGUAGAAUUUUAUAAGUGUAUUUCUUUUACUUUGGGUUUUAUCGUAGGACAUUCGUAUUAACAGUUAUAAAAAUGUGUUAGACUGCCAUAUUUUUGUCAUUAGUUAAAUAAUUGAUUACGUUGUUGCAUUAAUUGAGGAGGAAGAUAGUCCAGUAUAAAAAUAAUAAACAAUUGAUCAUAAAAAUAAAGAUAUACAAACGAAUAUAAAAUUUCUAUUAAGAAAUCGCGUAUAAUUAAAUAAAUUUUGUAAGUAAAAUUGUGUUAAUUUGAGUUUAAUAUUGGUGAUAAAAUACAAAUAUCGUUAUUGCUUAUAAAAAAAACUGACUGCUAAAAUCGUGAAGUGAAUACAGAGCUUAUUUUUGUGAAUACGAUAUAUUAAAAUUAACAGUGCAAGUGUAUGAACACAUCAGUAACAAAGAGUAAAGCUAUUGAAACAGUAUUGUGAUAUACUUACAAAAUGUAAAGUCUUAAACGUAAGAACAAAAUUAUAAUUUUGGUAUAACAGAUCUGUAUAAAGAAACUUGAGACUAAAUAUGCCUGAGAACAUCAUUUUUUAAUUGACAAAAUCUCGAUACGCUUAAAGAAAUUAUUUAAAAACGCAUUAAGAAACUUGCAACAUUUCGUCUCUCAAUUCUAAUGCUGUAUAUUUUUAGUGUCUUACGGAUGCAUUGAACAGUGAUCUUUAUUUGAUUUUGUAUUUUAAAUUAAAUACUGUGGUGUGAUUUCAAAACGUAGAUCCAAUAACUUAAUAAUCAUCAUGAAUAAAAUUAUCAGUUUUCCUAGCCAUAAAUUGUUAAGAAUGUACCUCAUCCUGAUUCUAACAAAUUCAGUGCGAACAGCGCCAAUUGAAAAAUCUGCGUUGGGUCUUGACUUCGAUUUCUUACCAAACGUAAGCGACAGUGGAGAGCAGAUUAAACAAGAGCUGGAAGGAAAUACAAAAAAGGCAGAAUUAACUAAGGACAGACUACAAGUUUUGGAUGAGCUGAUACUCGAUGACGCAGAUGGUCUCCUUUCUUCCGGCUCCAACCUUCUAGAGGUAUCUCCGACAACAGAAGACUUGGUUCCUGCCCAGCCAAACAACCCCAAGGCUGACUACGAAGAAGUAACUGCCGUUAGUAAAGAUUUGGACCUCGUUGGUGCCACUGUGGACGCGGAACUGAUACAGGUGCGACAGCGACUUCAGAAGCUGGACUUCUACUUCGAGUACCUGCGCGUGAUGUCCGAGGACUGCCGCCAGAGAAUGCUGUGCGAAGUUACGCGGGAGCCGGGUCGUUUCUAUCCCCUCAGCAGCGUACUGGAAGACGCUACCAGUUUUACCGGAAGUUACCAGUAUCUGACGUCACAGUUGGUGAAUACAACAGAGGGUGCAAGACUUAUGUCCUACUUAGAAGCUUCAUUCAUAGGACAGGGCAGGUGAGUGCGG